AAUCAUUAAUCAAUAUGGCGUCGGCGCCUCUAAAAUUCGGACGAAAUUUCUUCAAGUUUAGAUGCGUGAAUUUGGCGCCGUGGAUUUUGUGUAGACGACGUUUGUUGAUUUUUCCGAUAUCUCAACGAGGAAUCACUAAUUUAGUAACGAGGUGUCGCCAUUCGUUUGUUCCGUGUGCUCUUGUUGGCCCUACGUGUCAACAACCGCGUUACUUUAGGCUAUCAGCGUCAAACGGGGGCGACACUGUGAUUGUCGUAGAGACGCCGGCGUUUGCCGAAUCCAUUUCAGAUGGUGACAUAAGGUUGGAAAAAGCUAUUGGUGAUGUUGUUACUGAAGACGAACAGGUGGCAGAGAUUGAGACAGACAAGACCACAAUUCCUGUGAAUGCUCCUGCUGCUGGAGUUAUUACUGAAUUUCUUGUGGAAGAUGGUGAUAAAGUAACACCAGGCACAAAACUGUUUAAAUUAGAAGUUGGUGGUGCUGCUGCUGCUGCCAAGUCAGCAGAUCAGCCACGAAAGGCUUCUGAAGAAUCAACAAAAUCAGAAGCUUCUCCAGUUGCACCGGCACCCGUAGCACCUGCGAUUGACCAACAACAGCCAGUGCCAACUGAAUUGCCACCAUUUCCUGCUCAAAUUCCGCCAUUGCCAAGUGGUCCUAUGGCUACGGUCACUCCAACUGCACCACCUCCAGCACCUCGGGUAUCUAGUCCGUCUGAUGGUGCUUUAUCAAGAUCAGAGAAUCGAAUAAAGAUGACUCGAAUGAGAUUACGAAUAGCAGAGAGAUUAAAAGGUGCACAAAACCAGUUGGCCAUGUUGACAACAUUUAACGAAAUCGAUAUGAGUAAUGUAAUUGAGAUGAGAAAGAAGCAUGGCGAGGCGUUCUUGAAGAAACACAAUCUCAAGUUGGGGUUCAUGUCUUUGUUUGUGAAAGCGUCCGUCUUUGCUCUACAAGAUCAACCGAUUGUAAAUGCAGUCAUAGAUGGAAACGAGAUUGUGUACCGAGACUACAUCGAUGUCAGCGUUGCUGUUGCAUCACCAAAAGGUCUCGUUGUGCCCGUAUUGAGAAACUGCGAGGCCAUGACGUUCGUCGAUGUCGAAAAGGCAAUACAAGAAUUUGGACUCAAAGCAAGAGAUAAUGCAAUUUCAAUCCAAGACAUGGAAGGAGGGACGUUUACAAUCAGCAAUGGUGGAGUAUUUGGGUCCAUGUUUGGUACUCCCAUCAUCAAUCCCCCUCAAUCGGCCAUACUCGGAAUGCAUGCCACCAUGGAAAGGCCUGUAGCUGUAAACGGCAAGAUUGAGAUCAGACCGAUGAUGUAUGUUGCUUUGACAUAUGAUCAUCGCCUUAUUGAUGGCCGAGAAGCUGUCACAUUCUUGAAGAAGAUGAAGUCGGCUGUAGAAGACCCACGCGUUUUACUUGUCGAGGUGUAGCAACAGCUUGUGAAAGUUGCCUGACAGGUUUGCAAUAGUGAUAGUAACCUCCUAAUGUUUGAUUUAAGCUUCUCUAUAAUCAAUAAAUAUCCUUUAUGUAUAAACAAGU